UUGUCGCCUGAGAGGAGCUGCUGUAAUGGCGGUGUCUCGUCGCUCCUCGCAGCAGCAAAGCACCAUACAGUCUCCGCCGAGAAACAGCUCUCUCUCUGCUGCUCCGGGAUCUCCGCUGCCGAUGGCUCUGCUCAUUCCCCCGGAGAGUGAGAGGGAAUGCGCCGGAGGGAUCGACGUUGCUCCGGCCUCCCCGGACAUCCCCGUCCCGGUCCUAGCGAGUAGUGCGAGCUUCUCCACGACAACAACCUCCGGUGGCAGCAGCAGCGUCUCUAGCCCCGGGUCCGGAGCCUCCAGUCCGGCCGACGGGAGCAGUGGCGGGGCGUUCAGGGAACUGUUCGAGGCCUGUCGUAACGGAGAUGUUUCCCGGGUGAAGAGACUGGUGGACUCGGUGAAUGUAAACGCGAAGGACAUGGCAGGUCGAAAAUCAACCCCGCUCCACUUCGCUGCGGGUUUUGGCAGAAAAGAUGUGGUGGAGCACCUCUUGCAGACUGGGGCCAAUGUUCACGCCCGGGAUGAUGGCGGACUCAUCCCCCUGCAUAAUGCCUGCUCUUUCGGCCACGCAGAAGUCGUCAGCCUCCUGUUGUGUCAGGGCGCAGACCCCAAUGCCAGAGAUAACUGGAACUACACUCCGCUACACGAGGCUGCCAUCAAGGGAAAGAUAGAUGUCUGCAUUGUAUUACUCCAGCAUGGCGCAGACCCAAACAUCCGCAACACUGAUGGAAAAUCUGCUCUGGAUCUAGCCGACCCCUCGGCCAAGGCUGUGCUCACCGGUGAAUACAAGAAGGAUGAACUUCUGGAAGCAGCAAGGAGUGGAAAUGAAGAAAAGCUGAUGGCACUGCUGACUCCGUUAAAUGUGAACUGCCAUGCCAGCGAUGGACGCAAGUCAACAUCCCAAAAAAUGCUGUCCACGCCGCUGCACCUGGCCGCCGGAUACAACCGCGUGCGCAUCGUCCAGCUCCUCCUGCAGCACGGGGCCGACGUUCACGCCAAGGACAAAGGUGGUCUGGUUCCUCUUCACAACGCCUGCUCCUACGGCCACUUUGAGGUCACCGAGCUCCUGCUUAAACACGGCGCCUGUGUGAACGCCAUGGACCUGUGGCAGUUCACUCCGCUCCACGAGGCGGCGUCCAAGAACCGAGUGGAGGUGUGUUCGCUGCUGCUGAGCCACGGCGCCGACCCCACCCUGCUCAACUGCCACAGCAAGAGUGCCGUGGACAUGGCCCCCACUCCUGAGCUGAAGGAAAGACUCUCCUACGAGUUCAAAGGUCACUCGCUGCUGCAGGCGGCCCGGGAGGCGGACAUGGCCAAAGUGAAGAAGACCCUGGCUCUGGAGAUCAUCAGCUUCAAACAUCCUCAGACCAACGAGACGGCUCUGCACUGUGCCGUGGCCUCCCCCCACCCCAAGAGGAAGCAGGUGACUGAGCUGUUGCUGCGUAAAGGAGCCAACAUCAACGAGAAGAACAAAGACUUCAUGACUCCGCUGCAUGUCGCCGCUGAGAGAGCUCACAACGACAUCCUGGAGGUGCUGCAGAAACACGGAGCAAAGGUGAACGCAGUGGACACACUCGGUCAGACGUCCCUUCACAGAGCGGCGCUCGCCGGUCACAUCCAGACCUGCAAGUUGCUGCUGAGCUUCGGGGCCGACGCCUCCAUCGUGUCCCUGCAGGGCUUCACCGCCGCUCAGAUGGGCAACGAGGCCGUGCAGCAGAUCCUAAACGAAAACGUCCCCACACGUAACUCUGAUGUGGACUACAGAUUCCUGGAGGCGGCCAAAGCAGGAGAUCUGGACACAGUGCAGCAACUGUGCACACCCCAGAACGUGAACUGCCGGGACCUGGAGGGCCGUCACUCCACUCCUCUCCACUUCGCCGCCGGGUACAACAGAGUGGCCGUGGUCGAGUAUCUGUUACACCACGGAGCCGACGUCCACGCCAAAGACAAGGGCGGUUUGGUUCCCCUCCACAACGCCUGUUCCUACGGUCACUACGAAGUGGCCGAGCUGCUGGUCAGACACGGAGCCUCGGUGAACGUGGCCGACCUGUGGAAGUUCACCCCGCUUCACGAGGCUGCAGCCAAGGGCAAAUAUGAGAUCUGCAAGCUGCUGCUCAAACACGGAGCCGACCCGUCCAAGAAGAACCGCGACGGCAACAUGCCUCUAGACAUGGUGAAGGACGGAGACACGGACAUCCAGGACCUGCUGAGGGGAGACGCCGCUCUGCUGGACGCGGCCAAGAAGGGCUGCCUGGCCCGGGUCCAGAAACUCUGCUCCCCCGAGAACAUCAACUGCAGAGACACACAGGGACGCAACUCUACCCCGCUGCACCUCGCCGCCGGCUACAACAACCUGGAGGUGGCGGAGUAUCUGCUGGAGCACGGAGCUGAUGUGAACGCCCAGGACAAAGGAGGCCUUAUCCCUCUGCAUAACGCUGCUUCUUAUGGGCACGUGGACAUCGCCGCCCUCCUCAUCAAGUACAACACGUGCGUGAACGCUACGGACAAAUGGGCUUUCACGCCUCUCCACGAGGCGGCGCAGAAGGGUCGAACGCAGCUGUGCGCGCUGCUGCUGGCUCACGGGGCCGACCCCACCAUGAAGAACCAGGAGGGCCAGACUGCACUGGACCUAGCCACGGCGGAUGAUAUCCGGGCCCUGCUGAUGGACGCCAUGCCUCCUGACGCUCUGCCCAGUUGCUUUAAGCCCCAGGCCACCGUGGUCAGCGCCUCCGUCAUUUCCCCUGCCUCCACUCCUUCUUGUCUGUCGGCCGCCAGCAGCAUCGACAACCUGUCCGGACCGCUCACUGACCUCGCCGCCGCCGCCUCCGGGUCCUCCGGGGUGGCCGACGGAGCCUCGGGCACCGACCGCAAGGAGGGGGACAUCGCCAUGCUGGACAUGAACAUCAGUCAGUUCAUGAAGAGCCUGGGCCUGGAGCACCUGAGGGACAUCUUUGAGAGGGAGCAGAUCUCUCUGGAUGUGCUGGCUGACAUGGGUCACGAGGAGCUGAAGGAAAUAGGAAUCAAUGCUUACGGACACCGACACAAACUCAUCAAGGGUGUAGAGCGGCUGCUGGGCGGCCAGCAAGGUGGCAACCCCUACCUGACAUUCCACUGUGCGAACCAGGGCACGAUCCUGAUCGACCUCGCCACCGACGACAAGGAGUACCAGUCUGUGGAGGAGGAGUUGCAGAGCACCAUCAGAGAGCACAGAGACGGAGGCAACGCCGGCGGUGUGUUCAGCAAAUACAACAUCAUCAAGAUCCAGAAGGUGGUGAAUAAGAAGCUGAGGGAGCGCUACACACACCGGCAGAAGGAGAUCGCAGACGAGAACCACAACCACCACAACGAGCGGAUGCUGUUCCACGGCUCCCCGUUCAUCAACGCCAUCAUCCACAAAGGCUUCGACGAGCGGCACGCUUACAUCGGAGGGAUGUUCGGCGCGGGGAUCUACUUUGCGGAAAAUUCCUCAAAGAGCAAUCAGUACGUGUACGGCAUCGGGGGAGGAACGGGCUGCCCUACGCACAAAGACAGAUCCUGUUACCUGUGCCACAGGCAAAUGCUGUUCUGCAGAGUGACUCUGGGGAAGUCCUUCCUGCAGUUCAGCGCCAUGAAGAUGGCCCACGCUCCCCCCGGUCAUCACUCCGUCAUCGGGAGGCCGAGCGUCAACGGCCUGGCCUACGCCGAGUACGUCAUCUACAGAGGAGAGCAGGCGUACCCGGAGUACCUCAUCACCUACCAGAUCCUUAAACCGGAGAGCGCAGCGCAGUCUGCUGCAGCCGCGGAGCAGAAGUCGUAGUCACACACACACACACACACAGACACACACACACAGGAAAAGGACUGAAUGCUCGUUAUUUCUCCUUUGUGUUGCAAAUGCCUAAACACCUUUCAUCCACCGAACACAUUUCCAGUCUCCAGUCCAGUAGAACCCAUGGUGACCAGUGCUUCAUGAGCAGAUGUGCUGUAUAAUACUCGUGGUUAUGAAGACACACACACUCUUUUAUUUCUUGCAUCGGCUGCAUGUUAGUACAGAAGCAUGUGAAGCCCAACAGCGUGCGUGGGUUAGCAUCUCCCCCCCCUCCCCCCCUCCCCCCCGCUUGUAGAGACUAUGAAGUAUCAGCAUUAACCGUCUGUCGUCUCAUGCCUUGUGCAGAAUCAACAACCCUCUCUCAACCCUACACACACACACACACACACACACACACACACACACACACACACACACACACACACACACACACACACACGUCAGUCAGAUGUUUUUCUUGCAUCACAGCAGCUCCAUGUGCAACAUCGAGACAAAUAUUAACGAGGCCCUAUUAUUAUUUUUUCUCCUGUAGUGUGUUCUUUAGGUUUCUGUGCAUGUCAACGGUCUGCAAAGGCUCAAAUCCCAAAGUCCCCUCCAUUGGACUCCUUUGUUUGUCGUGCUCCAACAUAUUGUACGUGAUAGACUAAGGGGCGGGACAUCUAUAAUCGGUUGACCAAUCAAAACAGAGCCAGGCCAGCUAACCAAUCAGAACAGACUGGGCUCUGGUUUCAGACGCAGGGUGAGCUUUUUGAACAAGAAUGGAAACUUGUAGGGGCAUAAAAUACAAAAUAUGAGCCAAUGAUUAAGAAAUCUUAUUUAGCUCUUGUUUUUUUUAAAGGUAAUUAUUCAUAUUUACUGUUCAGGGCGUGAUCUGACUCAAUGACAGUGUUGAUGUAUCUAUAUAGCAGGUUGAUUCAUAGACUUUUCGACUUCAAAGCGGUGGAGAAACAUCUUUCCAGGAUUAUUACACCCAAAUAUCAUAACACACACACACACACACACACACACACACAGCCUCUACCCUAUGGACUACUACUGCCCCACCACAGCUACCACAGCUGGGUUCAUCCUGUACAGAAGGGCCUCUGGUUACUGUGAUUCUUUUUUAAUUGUAAUGCUAAUUUAGAAAACACUACCCAACAGUGUCUCGUUGCUGUAAUGUAAUGUAAUGCUGACUCUCCCAUAUCUCAUCCCCCCCCCCCUCCGGCCCGCUGAAAUGAAAUGUUUUUAUAGUGUUUUUGUUUAGACAGAAAGGGCUCUCUGUCAAAUCAAAAACGUUGUUGUCAUUAUAACAAUAUAAAGACCGCGGAAAUGCAAUGUAAGGCAUCAUGAUGACGUGAAUCAAAGCGUGGUAUAUUAAAUGCAUUAAAUAUAUAUAUAUAUGACCUGUGCUUUAAAGAGGGUUCACAUGUGUUUGUGAUGCCUUACAUGUUUUAACUCCCUAUAUCCAGCCACACAGCACCCGUUCUGUUACUCUCUCACACGCGUCAGGAUUUGCACUUUUACAUAGAAGCCUAUUUAAGUUAUUUUGAAUUUAAAAAGUCGCAAAUUUUUCGGGAAUAUUUGUACAGGUUGUGUAAAUGGUUGUGUAUAACUGUUGCUGUUUGACAGUAUCUUUUGAGUUCAACUGUAAAUGACAUCUGAAUUUCCUCCUCCUCCUCCUCCUCCCCCUCUUCCUCCAUGCCUUGAUUCUCUCUACUUUUUUUUUUUUUUAAUAAAUGUCGCAUUAACAGCU